CCCCCGCCGAGCUGCCACUUCUCCGCCGCGCCAUGGGCUCGCCGCGCCAGCCGGCGCCCGGCAAGGCAGCUGCCUCGUGCCCCUCGCCACCCUCACCACCGCCAUGGGCAACCUCGCGGGUGUUCCGGCUCCUGCAGCUGGCCCUCCUGGUCUUGGGGCUGCUCGCUGGCUCGCCCGGCCGGGCGGCCCCCGAGGCCAUCGGGCGUCUGGAAAGGCCACUGGCCGAGGCGCGCCUGGCCGCCGCGCCCGGGCAGGCCUACCUGCACGCGGCCCCGCUGCGGCUACACAAUGCCCCGGACUUCCAUGUGGCCGGGUAUCUGGAACGCCGGCCGGCCCUCGCGGCGGUCCUCCGCCCGGCCGACCUUGCCACCGAGCUGUUCGAGCAGCACCCCGCCGUCAAGGCGCCCGCUGGCCCGGUCGAUCCGCGCCUGGGGGCUCUCUUCCACAUGGUCGCCCAUCAGACGCUGGUCGACCCGGACAUGGUGCCCCCCCCUUCGCCGGCGCCGCCGGAGCACGGGGUGCUGGUGGUGCCGACAUCCGGCGCUCACCCGGCGUACCUUUCCCUGCGUGACACAUCCAUCUGGCGGGUGGCCAACGGCCCGACCGUCGGGGCGUCCGUGCAUGCCGGGUACCGGGUCCUGGCGGCGCGGGGCUCCGACAGCCAAUUCAUCCAUGUGCUGGUCCAGGCCGCGGGAGGGCUCACGCUUUUGGACUUCUCCGCUGCAGGGCUGACCGAAAGGCCGAUCUCCCUGCCGGCGGAGGUGACCCAGCCGCAGCAUCUCACCGCGCAGGUGUCCUUCUCCGGGGAAUUCUACGUCCAGCAUGGGGAGGACGUCUACUUUUUGCAGGGGGACGGGCCACUCACUCGGACGAUCGCCGACUCGGCCCCGGCGGCCCUGGCCACGCGUCUGCUCACCACCCAGCCGAGCUUGUUGGACAUGGUGUCCUUGGGGGCCGACCGGAAAUUGGCAAUCCGAACCGAACACCGGGUCGCCACCGGCGGCACGGUCUUCAGCCGCGCCAUCCCGGAAGAAGUGAGCCUGACCGGGCGCUUUCUCAACCCCCCGGUUACGUCCCUGCCGGCGGAUUCGCCCCAGCGAUAUCUCUACUACGACGACACGGCCCAGCCCGGGGGAUCCCUCUGGCGGGUGGACAUGGACGACGCCCUGGCCUGGACGCGGCUCAUUGUGCCGGCCAGCCUGGCCCGGGCCGUCAUCUCGCUGGUGGAGCUGGAUCUGAGCCCGAGCCUGGGCGGCCGGCGCUGGUACCUGGUGGCCGGCGGCCGGGUGCUCCUGGACACCGCGGCCUUCUGUGCGGGCGACCCGUCGGUGGUGUGCGAUGUGCCCGGGGGGGCUGCCACGGCCAACGGCUGGACCUGCGCCCCGGGGCGCGUCCUGUCGCCGCUGCUCGGGUCCGGGGCCCUGUGUGGCGGCUGCGCGGAUGGCUGGCGCUCGGAGCCGGCUGACCAGUCCAAUGAGGACCGGUGCAUCCCCUGCCCAAUGGCCAAGUGCCAGGCGUGCACGGCCACCGAGUGCCUCCGAUGCAUGGACGGCUGGCUGCUGGGCCCCGAUGGCUGUGUGGCCGCCUGCCCGGCGGCCACCACGCACCACGGCGACCGCUGCCUGCCCCACCACGGCCAGGCCGGCUUCCGCCUGACGCCGUACGCGGAUCCCGGGCUCUCCGGCACAUACUCCUGCGUGGCGGCCACCUGGCUGGUCCCCGGCGCCUCGGGCGGGGUGAGGCUCCGGACGCCGGGCUCGGGCCCGGGCCCGGAUGGUGUGCUGCUCUUCGGCGCCGGAGCCCCGGCGGCGGCGGUGGCGGCGGCGUCCUCGUCGUCCUCGUCGGCGCCGCCGCCGCCGCCGCCGCCGCCGCCGCUGCUGCACCACCGGCUGCCCGGGCCCUGGCCAAGCGCCGAGCCACUGCCGGUGACUGCCCUGCCCGGCGGACACGCGCUGGCCCUGCUGCACGCGCAAGCCCGGCGGUAUGUGGAAUUUGCGCCGCUGCUCCUCGGCGCCGAGGUGCUCCUGCUGGGGCUCGCCUGCCUGGCCGAUGGGCACCUUGCGAAGGUGACCUUCCGCUGUGUGCCGGAGCCCGACGGCCAGGCCUGCACGCCGGACGACCUGCCGCCGGAGGGGCUGGCCUCCGGCUGCACCGACCUCGCGCCCCUCGGGCCCGGGGCCGUGGUGGCCAUGGCCGCCGAGGUGGCCACCCUGUGGCGGGUCCGGCCGUCGGACGGGCAGCUGGAGGCCCUGCCCCUGGGCAGCUGGGCCAGCAUGCCGGGGCCGUUCCCGGCCGCGGGGCGCCCGCCGCUGGCGCUCCUGCGAGACUGGCCCUCGGGCCGGACGCGGCUGGCCCCGGUGCAGGCCCUGGCCGAGGGCGACCCGCGGGUGGCCGGCCCGCUGCCCGGCGAUCCGCCGGCCUUCCCGCCGGAUGGCCAGGACCCGGCCUCGGCCGGGGCGCUCUUUGCGCCGGUCACCCUGCGCGCCGGGCGCUCGGCCGCCGGGGCGGAGGUUGUCCUGUCGCGGGUGCGCGCCACCCCCGGGGCCGGCGAGCCGGCCGUGUGGGAGGCGCUCCACGCGCCGGCCGGCAUCCUGCCCCAGGCCCGCACGGCCGGCCUGGCCACCGAGGCCCUGGUCCUGGCCCCGCUGCAAGUGGACCCGGGCCCGGACUUCCAAGUGCUGGCGGUGGAUUUGCCGGGCGACGGGCUGAACGCCCACCCGAGCGCCCUGCUGCUGGUCACGCCGCAGGUGGUGGGCCUGGCGGCCCUGCACUGCCCGGCCGCCGGGGCCGCCUGCCGGCUGGGCCCGGCUCGCCUGAUGCCCCCGCCGCCGGGGCUGCUCCGCGCGCAGGACGCCACGGCCGUGGCCGUGGGCCCGCCCGGGCAGGGGCUCCUGCUGCUGGCCCCGGCCACCGGGCCGGCCAUCCUCCUGCAUCUGUGGGAGGACCCCUGCCCCGAGGGGACCUUCCCCCCGGCGUGCACCCCCUGCCAUGAGCUCUGCCUUGCCUGCCAUGGCCCGGGCCGGGCCGACUGCACGGCCUGCCGGCUGGCCCUGCCCCUCGAGCCGGGGGUCUGCCUGGCCGACUGCCCGCCAGGCACGUGGGCCGACUCGGCUGCCGGGCUGUGCGCCUGCCACCCGGGCUGCCUGCGCUGCGCGCCUGCCCCAUCCCCCGGCGCGUACGAGUGCCUCGAGUGCAUCCCCGGCACGUCGCCCUCCCCGGGGAAUGCCCUCCCCGGCCGGUGUCUUGCCUGCCAUGCUACCUGCUCGGAAUGCUCGGUCGCCGGCGACCCGGCCGCUUGCACACGCUGCUGGCCGGGGCUCCUGCUCCACGGCGCCCACUGCUUGGACGCCUGCCCGCCGGGGUUCUGGCCCGACGAGCAGGACACCUGCCAGCCCUGCACGGCCCACUGCCAGUCCUGCCUCGGGCCGACCGCCUGCGAGACAUGCGCGCCGCAGUACUUCCCCCUCGGCGGCCAGUGUGCCCGGUGCGACGGGACCUGCGCCGCCUGCGACCGGGCCGAUGCCUGCCUCGCCUGCCAGCCGGGGCUCAUCUUCCUGCAGACCGACCCCCAGGCCGGGUCCCUGUGCGGCAGCAUGUGCGCCCCGGGCGAGUACGCCGGGCCGGCCCGCUGCACGGGCUGCCACGCCUCGUGCAGCCUAUGCGCCGGUGCCGCCCACCAGUGUCAGGUGUGCGCCGCGGGCCACCGGUGGUCCGGGGCCGCGCCGGCGCCCGGGGCCACCGGCACAUGCGUCGCCUGCCCGCCCGGCUGCACCGGCUGCACCCCGAGCAAGUGCCUCGGCUGCGAGGAGGGCCUCUUCCUGACGCACGCGGGCGCAUGUGUCGACAGCUGCCCGGGGGGCACCUUCGGCGACGCCGACACCGGGACCUGCCAGCUGUGCGAUGUCAGCUGCCAGGAGUGCGCCGGGCCGACGGACGCCCACUGCUCGGCCUGCGCCCCGGGGCUGGACCCGGUCCCCGCGCCGGGGGGGCUGUGGACCUGCGCGCCGGCCUGCCCGGAGGGCCAAUUCCGACCGGCCGGCGCCACCGACUGCCAAGCCUGCCAUGAGGCCUGCUCCACUUGCAACGGCCCGACCAACAUGGACUGCUGGCGGUGCGCCGAGGGGGUGCUGCAGGACCGCGAGUGCCGGCAGGCAUGUGCCGCGGCUCAUGUGGCCAUGGCCGGGCGGUGCCUGCCCUGCCACGCCUCGUGCGAGUCGUGCACCGGGCUCCGGAGCACCGAGUGCGACCAGUGCCCGGGCGACCUGCUGGCCCUGCCGGCCGGCCAGUCGCCGGUGCGCUGUGUGGCCGCCUGCCCGGUGGGCUACCAUGGCGAUGGGUCCGGGUGCGCCGCCUGCCCGGCGCGCUGUGCCAGCUGCCCGGCCCAAGCGUCGGCCUGCUCCCUGUGCGAGCGGGGCUGGCUGCUGGCCGCGGCGGCCUGCGUGACCGACUGCCCGGCCGGGUCCUCGGCCCAGGGCGGCCUUUGCUCCACCUGCCAUGGGAGCUGCUCCAGCUGCUACGGCCCCGGGCCGGACCACUGUCUCUCGUGCGCGGCGGCCACGCCGCUCCAGUGGGGCUCCAGCUGCCUGGGCGAAUGCCCCGCCGGGACCUUCGACAGCGCCUCUGUCUGCACGCCCUGCCAUGUCACCUGCGCCACCUGCACCGGGCCGCUGGACUCGCAGUGCAUCACCUGCCCGGGAGACCGGGCGCUCCAUGCGGGCGCCUGCCUGGCCGCCUGCCCGGCCGGGCAUUUUGCCGAGCACCCCGCCGCCGACGGGGCCGUGUGCCGGCCAUGCGCCGGCUCGUGUGGCACUUGCACCGGGCCGGCCGCUGACCAGUGCACCAGUUGCCCCGGCUCGGCGUUCCUGCAUGGGGGCCGGUGCGUGGCCGCCUGCCCCGGCGGCACCUUCGCCUGCCGGACCAACGGGAGCUGCCAGCCCUGCGACACGGGCUGCCGCGAGUGCACCACGCUCACCAGCGUCGGCGGCCACUGCGCCGCCCUCUGCCACGCAUGCCAGCAUGACCGGGUCCACUCGCCCAUGACCGGGCGCUGUGAGGCGGCAUGCCCGCCCGGCGAGUAUGACACCCUGGCCCGGGGGUGCGCCACCUGUGCCGGGCCCUGCCGGGGGUGCUUCGGCUCGGCGGACCAUUGCACAUCCUGCCUGGACCCGGCCCUGUGGCUGGAGCCCGGCACCGGGGCCUGCGUGGGUGUCUGCCCCGAGGGGCAGGGCGUCGCGGCCGAGUGGCCCGCCACCAGCCCCUGGCUCCCGGCCCGGGUGUGCCUCGCCUGCCCGGACGGGUGCGAGCGCUGUGCGGCCGACUCCCCGGCCGACCGGUGCGCCAUCGGUCCCGACGGGCGCCUCUCCUGCCGGCCGGCCGACACAUGCACUUGGUGCGGCCCCGGCCUGCUGCUCCACGCGGGGGCCUGUGUUUCGGACUGCCCGCCUGGCAACUUCGCCGACGGGCUGGCCUCGCCCGCGGCCUGCACCGCCUGCCAUCCCGGCUGCAAGGAGUGCCAUGGCCCCGGAGCGGGCGACUGCACUGGCAACUCGGCCGGCCGAUCCUCCCUCGGCCUUGCGCUCGGCCUCGGAGUCGGGCUCCUGCUGCUCUUGGUCCUGGUGGCGCUCGCCGCCCUGGUGCUUUGGCGGCGCCGGCCCGCGCGCUGGGCCUCCUCCGUCCCCUCUGCCGCCAAGGCUGCCGAUGAAGAUGCUACCAUCCUCAACACCAUCGUUGAGCUCUCACUACCGGGGUCGGUGCUGGUCAGCCUGGAGACGGACUUCCGCCGCGAGGGCCACGCACACCUCGGCGCCGGGACCCAGGGGACCGUGUAUGUGGCGCAGGCGGUGGGCGUCGGGAUCGCCGAGCGCCUGGGCUGCCCGGCCACCGUGGCCAUCAAGUGCCUGGACCCCGGCCAGGCCCCGCACGCCCUGGCCAUGUUCCAAAAUGAGGUGUCCCUGCUGUGGUCCCUGCGCGAGCACCGGCACAUCCUCCGGUUGUACGGCUACUCGGAUGCCCCGCCGGCGCUGGUCCUGCACCGACACGACGCCGACCUGGACACCCUCUUGCGGUCGGAAAUCGCGCUCGGCCCCCAGGACACCCUGGACAUCAUCCACCAGUGGGCCGCCGGUGUCGAGAUCAUGCACGCCCAUCGGCUGGCCCACGGCGACAUCAAGCCCGGCAAUGUCCUUGUCAGCCGGCUGCCCGGGGGCGCAUGGCAUGCGGCCGUCGGGGACCUGGGCACGGCGCGCGACCUGGCCCCCGGCCGGACAUCGGCCCUGGUCCUGCGCGUGCCGGACAUCAGCGCCAUGACCAUUCGCUAUGCGGCGCCGGAGGUGCUGGCGGCCCACCAGCGCCGCCAGCCCCUGGCCACCGAGCACUGCCUCGCGGCCGACAUCUACGCCGCGGCCAUCAUGCUCUGGGAGUGCCUCACGCGCACGAGCGCCUGGCCGGACGCCACGGUGGACCACAUCACUUUGAGCGUCCGCAAUGGUCACCGACCGGAGCUGGAUCUGGCCCUGGCUCGCUUUUCCCCAGGCCCGAUGGUCGAUCGCCUGCGCCCCAUGUGCGACCUGCUGGCCGUCGCCUGGCAGCAGGACCCCCACGCCAGGCCGGCGGCCGGGGCCUUCCGGCAAAGGUGUGCCAUGUGCCACCAGUCGACGACCCUUCCUUGACAUGCCCCGCCAGGGCUCUCGAGCGGCCGGAAGCUCGGCCCCGGGCCACCAGCACAUAUGGACAGCCGGCGAGACGCACAUUUUUCCGCGCCCGAAAGAAAUACACCACAGGACGGGA